CGCCAUUUGCCCAAGCAAAGUAUAAACCUUCCUUCACGGUCAACCUCCGCCGUACUCCGCCAUAUUCUUCCCGUCGUCAGCGAUUUCUCCCUGAAUAUCAACACUCAACCUAAGUUUCCGGUGAACUCUCGCCGUUAAUUCAACCUGAUAGUAUAUACGGUACGACAUCCGAUUUUGUUUCAGCUGUGACUGAGAUUUAUGAGGUCAUCAAUAUGGGUGACUUACCAUGUCCACCAUAUUCUAACAAAAGUUUGGAGGCGCGGAUGAUUAGCAAGGAAAAGCUACCGAAGAUUUGUUUAGUUGCUUCUGCUACAAAGCACUUCUCAGCAAAGACUUUGAAAUGUAUAACUAAAGUGAAACACAGUGUACAGACUAGUGGAGCUGCUGGUGAUAUUGUCAUAUUCUUGGCUACCACUGCUGUUCUAGAGGUUGUACGAAGGCUGAGCAAAGCUAGAUGUCCUUUUAUUUGGCACGGUUUGCAGGCGCUGCAAGCUUUAUGUUAUCCACCGCUUAAGUGGAUCCAAAAGUGGGUUCCUUUGGAGCCAUUGGUCGGACAAUUGCAGAAAUUGUCUAGGCCAAUGCUAUUGCUCUCAAUUGCAACAGUUUUCUCCGAUCAGUCAUCAUCUACGGGAGAAACGACACCGAACGACUUUCAUCAUUCUCAAGCAUAUCCACAAGCAAGAUCUCAUGAUGAAGUACAGGAUGAUGGUUAUCCUCAAAGAUGGUUGCUAGAACUCCAUAAGGAACUGAGGGAGGAGGGUAUUAGUGUACCUGAGAGGUUGAAUGAUGAUGAGCUCCGUCAAUUCUAUGCUGCUGCAAAUGGUGAUUUUGCUAGGCUGCUUUCAUCAGUUAAGAAAACCAUUAAAUGGCGGCAGAGUUACACGUUUCUUUCACCAGAAGAACUUAAGGCUUGGUCUCCUUUCAUUUUUUGGCACGGCCACGAUGCCAAUCAACGGCCUUGCCUCAUCAUUAGCCUUGGACUUGCUUGCUCCAACCUGAGAUCGAAUGGCAAAUCUCUCUUGAUAAAAGCAGUUGUUUCGCAGAUUGAGCACGGUAUUCUGAGAAUGGUCAAUGUGGAACAUCCUCAAAUAACUGUUUUGAUGGACUGUGAAGGACUCUCUCCCUUUGGUUUUCCCAUACACAUGAUGAGAUCUUGUGCUAUGCUCUUGCAGGAUCAUUAUCCUAAUCGUCUUAGCUCUUUGAUUAUAGCUCGGCUCCCUCAAGUUGCCCAAAUAAUAAUGCAAACUUUCUUUCAGGUGCUUAAACCAGCCACACGCCAAAAAGUGAGGAUUAUUGGGAGAAACCAUCUAGAGUUUCUAUCCAAUCACCUCGAUUCAAUCCCUCCGUUUCUUGGUGGAAACUGCUCAUGCUCAAAAUGCUCAGACCAGACCAAUGCAGAAGGUGAAUCCGAUGAAGCUACAAGGACAGAACCAACACCUGAUCAAGCGAGUAGACCUGAAACACAUGAUCAUGUGAAUGAAUCCGAUGAGGUCACUCUAACAGAACCAGCCCCUGAUCAAGUGAAAGAUAGCACUGAGCUUAAUCAUCACAACGUCUCCAACACGAGUGUCUGCAGAGAAGAACUGAUAAAGACCAUCAUCAUCGGUAUACUGAUGGUGUGGGUAUUCAUUGCUGUGUUUGUGGCUAUGGAUUAUCCAGAAAGAUGGCCUCUUUUGCGUUCGACUUAGAUAAUAAAAUUUGUGCUUCUUAUGCAGAAUCACAAAAUCUGCACUCUCUCACAAGCAAUAGAUUUCUAGUUAGACAUCGGUAUACAUCAUAUAGUAGUAGUAUUUUCGUAGAGGAUUUACAUAAUUACUUGUCUAUGUGUAGUACUUUGAAAGCACCGGGACGAGUAGAUAUUCACAUGGUAACUACUUAUGAUCAAUAAAGCAAUGAGGAUUCGUAU